GAAGGUGGGCGCGCGACUCCUUAUAUGGUUACACACACAGUCACAGGGCACGGGUAGAUGCGGCCUUUGAACACAUUCCCACACUUCAUUCAUUUGGCAAACACAUAUUUCGAGCGCAAUGUUGACAAUCGAAUGCGCAAAAUUAGACUCUUGCAAUAUAAAUAAUAUGAUCAAUCAACAGAUAAUAGUAUUAAUUUAAACGAGUAAUUGUGUCUUGUUUUUGGAUAUGAUGAACAUAGAGGCAGGCAGCUGUGCAGUGUGCAUGUGUGUGUAGUGUGACGUCACAGUUGGUAGUGGGGGACGCGCGUCGAAUCGAAUGGAGGGGACGGAGCGGGUCUAGCAGAAGUAAAGAGCUGGGUGUGAAGUGGUUGCUGUGUCUGUAGUGUUGUUUUGAUAUUGAUUUUUCGUGUGUUAUGUGUUAUUGUUGGAUACUUUUAAAGUACAUCAGCAAUAAUUUUUAGACUACAAGUCAAGUUUUCCGAUAAAUUGCGAGGAUUGUGCUACGUGAUUCAGAUUGAGAGCAGCACAGUUACUUGCGACAUUUCCCUAUGUCUUUGUUGCUCCUCCGGUAGCCUUGCCUCAACCUUCUCAGAUUGAAUCUUGUCUUAAAAGAAGUAUUAUAGACGAGCAGACACUAUGGCGACUCUAUCUCUUCGAAUUAGCAUAGUUGAAAAGAAUGUCAUCAAAACUAUGCAAUUUGAUCCAUCGACAUCAGUGUAUGAUGCUUGUAGAGUGAUCCGAGAGAAGAUUUCCGAAGCAAACUUGGGUCAACCCAAAGACUACGGUCUGUUCCUUGCUGAUGAAGAUGUGAAGAAAGGUGUAUGGUUGGAACCCGGAAGAAAUCUCGAUUAUUACAUUCUCAGAAACGGGGAUCUUCUCGAAUACAGAAAGAAGAUGAGAACUUUGAAGGUGAGGAUGUUGGAUGGAACUUUGAAGACGAUGCUUGUCGACGACAGUCAGCCGGUUGCUAAUCUCAUGGUGGUCAUCUGCACUAAAAUUGGUAUCACAAACCAUGACGAAUACAGUUUGGUAAGAGAAUGUGCUGAGGAUGAUUUAGAGAACAAACCCAACUUUGGCACCCUCACAUUGAAACGCAAAAAGGAAGAAAAAGAACGAGAUUUGAAAAUGGAACAGCUGCGUAAGAAAUUGAAGACUGAUGAUGAAGUGAACUGGGUGGACCCGAGCAAAACGUUGAGAGAACAAGGCAUAGAUGAAGGAGAGCCAGUACUCUUGCGUCGUAAAUUCUUCUUCAGCGAUCAGAACAUUGACUCAAGAGAUCCGGUACAACUGAACUUGCUCUACGUGCAAGCCAGAGAUGCCAUCCUAGAUGGAACGCACCCUAUAACACAGGAGAUGGCUUGUGAAUUGGCUGGUAUCCAAAGUCACAUUCAAUUCGGUGAUUUCAAUGAGGCCAAACACAAACCACCAUUUCUUGACUUGAAAGAGUUUCUUCCACAGUCGUAUGUCAAAGUGAAGGGGAUUGAAAAGAAAAUCUUCAUUGAACAUUCAAAACACGUAGGCUCUUCCGAACUUGAGGCCAAAGUACUCUACACAAAAACUGCCAGAUCGUUGAAAACGUACGGUGUGACGUUUUUCCUUGUAAAGGAAAAGAUGAAAGGAAAGAACAAACUUGUUCCGCGUCUUCUGGGUGUGACAAAAGACUCAGUUCUUCGUUUAGAUGAAAGAACCAAGGAAAUAUUGAAAACAUGGCCGUUGACCACUGUGCGUCGAUGGGGAGCUUCUCCCAAUACCUUCACUCUCGACUUUGGAGACUAUUCAGAUCAGUACUACUCGGUACAAACUCAAGAAGCCGAGCAAAUCCUGCAACUCAUCUCUGGAUACAUCGAUAUCAUAUUGAAGAAGAAAAAGUCAAAAGAUCACUUCGGCAUUGAAGGAGAUGAAGGCUCCACUAUGGUUGAAGACAGUGUCGCCCCCCUCAAGGCAACUAUUCUGCAGCAUGAAAGCAGUAGAGUUGGAAAAGUGAAUACUGAAUCGGUGGCCAAGCCUGCAAUCAUGCGUGCUGCUGAUGGAGCGAAGCCAUAUGGCAUGGGUCAUGCAGGUGCGGCACAAUAUACUACAAUCAGCGGACAAAUCAACAUCGCACAUUCCCCUCCAACGGUCCAACAGACGCAGGUGACAAGUAUACUGUCAGAACCUCAACAGGCUCUGUUAGGCACAAUCAGCGCUGGACAUCAAGUUAUCACUACGGUCGAAAAAGAACUUAUCACCAAGGCUGAAAUUCCAGAACUCGGCACUGAUCCAGCAUCUCUAAAAUGGAAAGAGACGACACUGGACACCAACAAACAAAAUGUGAGCUCGCAAUUAGCCGCUAUGAAUGCUGCCACUGCUCAAGUUGUUACACUCACAUCAGGCCCAGCAGACAAAGUAGACCAUACAGCUGUGGGAGCCGCCAUUACAACUAUAACAAGUAACCUGCCGGAAAUGUCGAGGGGAGUCCGUAUGCUUGCCGCUUUGAUGGAUGAUGAUCUUUCCGGCGAUAAACUAUUGGACGCUGCCAGAAAGCUCUGCAGUGCCUUCAGUGAUCUGCUAAAGGCUGCUGAACCCGAAGCUAAAGAGGACAUUAUGCUGAAACCGAGACAAAAUCUACUGAACGCUGCAAGCCGAGUAGGUGAAGCAUCUCACAGGGUACUCACAGAAAUCGGCGAAGAAAAUUAUGAGUCAAGGGAUCUUCAAGAUACACUCCUGGGACUUGCAAAGGCGGUAGCUAAUACAACAGCUGCCCUGGUUCUGAAAGCCAAGUCAAUCGCUAGUACCAUGCCUCCUGAUCAACAGAACAAAGUCAUAGUUGCUGCCACUCAGUGUGCUUUAUCUACAUCCCAACUUGUCGCAUGUGCCAAGGUUGUUGCACCGACUAUUCACAAUGCGGCAUGCCAACAACAAUUGAUCCAGGCUAUAAGAGAGGUGACGCAAGCUGUUGAAGGCUUAGUGGCCAUCUGCAAUGAAAGCUCUAAUGACGACUAUCUGCUCAAAGAACUGACUCGGGCUGCCGCCGAUGUUACACAGACACUCAACAAUCUUCUCAAUCGUAUCAAGUCAAUUAGCAGAGAAACAGCAAAUGAAAGCGUGCAGGAAAGCUCGGUGGAACAGAUCUACAUUGCUACGGACCGUCUGUUCGCUUCUACAGGUGAUGCCGGUGAAAUGGUCAGGCAAGCAAGGGUUUUGGGACAAGCCACCACUCAGCUUAUUCAAGCAAUCAAGGGAGAAGCUGAAAAACAAGCUGAUUCGGAACUGCAGAGACGCCUGUUGGCUGCAGCCAAAGUAUUGGCAGAAGCCACUGCCCGUAUGGUGGAAGCUGCUCGUCAAUGUGCUGAAAAUCCUCAUGACACCAACAAACAGCAACAUUUGCGACAGACAGUUGAGGAUCUGCGAGCGGCAACUACUCUAGCCGCCACUCCUGCUCUCCGCAAGAAACUCAUCCAGAAACUAGAGAAAUCCGCCAAGUUGGCUGCUUCCACUGCUACCCAGUGCAUCGCAUCAGCCCAUGGUGUAGCUCACCACAAUGCCAACAAGUCGUCGCAAGAAGAACUCAUGUCUGACUGUAGAACACUAGCCGAUCGUAUCCCUCCCCUCAUUCAAGGCGUCAAAGGAACGAAUUCUGAGCCAGACAAUCCCACCACACAACUGAAUCUCAUCAAUGCCAGUCAUCAGUUUCUGCAACCAGGCCAACGGGUUGUUGCCUGUGCCAGGGCUGUCCUUCCGACCAUCACUGAUCAAUCAUCAGCUCUGCAUCUGAGUGGCAGCAGUCAAGCGCUGGGUGCAGCUCUCAGUGAGCUACGAGCUUCUGUUGGAAGAGCCAGGGAAGCAUGCGGUCCCGAACUGGAGCUUGAAGCCGCCCAUAAUCUGGUUUGUAGCUUGCGUGAUGAGCUAGUUCAUAUUCAGCAUGCAGCUGAGAAAGGCCACCUUCGACCUCUACCUGGUGAGACAGCCGUGACUGCUUCCCAACAGCUUGGAAGUGUCAGUAAAAAUGUAAAGAGCUCAAUGGCUCAAGUUGUUAGCGCCGCUACACAAGGCAAUGAAAAUUACACGGCUAUGGCCACUCGCGACAUGGCUGAUUCACUCAAACAUUUCACUGGUGCUGUGCGUGCUGUUGUCGCCAACACGGAGGUCAGAGAGACUCGUCAGCGAAUGAUAUUCUGCACCGAGGAACUUAUGAAUCGGUCUUUGGCACUUAUUGAGGAAGCAAGGAGAACUUUGCAAGAACCGAGCAAUGCAGAAAACUUGAACUUGUGGGCUAAACGAGUCACUCAAUCUCUCGAUGACAGUGUCAGCUGUCUGCCUGGCCAACGUGAUGUGGAUGAUGCUAUUUCAACCAUCAGUAGUGCUCAAGCUGUGCUUGACUCCGGUUGCUUCCCUCAUACAGACAAACCAUACAAUAGACUACAGGCUGAGUUGAACUCAGCUGCAGCUGGCCUAAAUGAAGCCUCGACAAGUGUUAUUACAUCAGUUGGAUCACCUAAUAAACUUGCAAAUGCAUCGAAGAAGUUCGGUACUGCUGUAGGUGAUGUUAUCAAUGUCGGUAUGGAGAUGGCUGGCCAAACAAACGACACUGAAGUGCAAGGACAAAUGGUUGUUUCAUUGAAGAAUGUGUCUGUUGUUUCUUCGAAACUUCUUAUCACCGCCAAAACAGUAGCCGCUGAUCCUGCUGCUCCCAAUGCUAAAAAUCAACUGGCAUCAGCCGCUAGAGCCGUCACUGAUAGCAUCAACUAUCUGGUCGAUGUCUGCACAUCGGCUGCUCCUGGACAGAAGGAAUGUGACAAUGCAAUCCGCAACAUACAGUCCAUGAAGCCUUUGUUGGAUUGUCCAUCUGAACCAAUCAACGAUGCUUCCUACUUUGAAUGCCUUGACACGGUCAUGGAGAAGUCGAAAUGUUUGGGAGAUGGUAUGACUGGAAUUGCAACACAUGCUAAGAAAUGUGAACACGAACAGUUUGGUGAAUCUGUACGCAGUGUUAGCAGUUCUAUUUGCGGGCUGAUUGAACCGGCAGCCCAGGCUGCUUAUCUACUGGCAGCUUCCGACCCCAGUAGUAUUCCAGCCAAACAGGGACUUGUAGAUCAGGCGCAGUUUGCUAGAGCUUAUCAAGCGGUGCAAGGAGCAUGCAGCACUCUGUCAAACUCAGCCAGCAAGCAGAAUCAAGUACUCCAAGCUGCUACCAUCAUUGCAAAGCACACAAGUUCUCUUUGUAAUGCCUGUAGAAUAGCGUCAUCCAAGACAACCAAUCCAGUUGCUAAGAGACACUUUGUUCAGUCAGCGAAAGAUGUGGCCAACUCAACUGCCAAUCUUGUGAAGGAGAUCAAAGCGUUGGAUCUUGAUUAUUCGGAGAAGAACCGUGAGGCUUGCUCAGCUGCCACUCGUCCCCUGUUGGAAGCAGUCGACUCAUUAGUCACAUUCGCCAAUUCGUCAGAGUUCACAAGUCAAAUGGCUCGCAUCAGUCACUCGGCAAGAGCCGCACAAGAGCCAAUUACAUCAGCUGGUUGUGAGAUUAUCGAUGCUUCGUGUGCCGUGAUAAGGGCUGCCAAAAGUCUGGCUGUUGCUCCAAAGGAUCCUCCCACAUGGAAGAUGCUUGCCAAUCACAGUAAGAGUGUUUCUGAUUCCAUCAAGAAGCUUGUAGCUUCAAUCAGAGACAAAGCACCUGGACAGAAGGAAAGCGACGAAGCAAUAGACAGACUGAAAGAGUGCAUCCGCGACUUGGAUCAAGCGGCGCUACUUGCUCUCUCUCAAAAUUUACCUCCUCGUCGUGACAAUUCUCUGCAAGGUUUUGCUGAACAAACCGAAAGUUCUGCCGCUGAGAUGUCCGAUCGCCUGGAUCCGCUGAGAGUUGCUGCAAAGAUGGAAGCUGAGAUCAUCGGUCACACUGUCAAACAGCUGAUCGUCUACUUUGAUCCUCUGGUUUCUGGGGCGAUUGGAGCCGCCUCCAACAUGGUUCACUCCAAACAGCAGUCCAUUCUGCUCGAUCAGAGCAAAACUGUUGUUGAGUGCGCUCUUCAACUCAUGUACGUCACAAAGGAGUGCGGUGGAAAUCCAAAAGCCAUCAAUAUCCAUCCGGAAAUCGAUGAAUACGUAGCAGCAACCAGAGAUGCUCUGUCGGAUCUGUCAAGCACGUUGGAGCAUCUAGCAACCCAAGCCGGCGUGGUGACCGGCUUACUGGACACCAUCACGAGAGCCAUGGCCAAGGUUCCCGAUCCAAAAGCACCUCAACAGAGAGUCUCGUUCAUCCUGGACUCCACUGACAGUUAUGUCGAUUAUCAGACGAGGAUGGUGGCUUCUGCUAAAGAAAUCGCGCGUCUUGGACAAGAUUUGGUGAUGAAGUCGUCCUCGUCGACACCAGAUCAUGUGGCUCAAGUGGGUGUUCUGGCGGCUCAGUUGACACAUCAGUAUGCCCAGUUGGCUACGGACUCGGCUGGUGCAGCUGUAGCCACCGCCAAUGCAGAAGUCAGCGCUCGCUUGGCCGCUUCCGUGCAAGAACUUGGUCGAGCGUGUUUGAAUAUUGUAGGCGCGGCCGGAAGUGUACAGGCAUCACCAGCUGACACUUUGGCUCACAGAGAUCUGGCCGAUAAUGCUCAUACAUUGUCAGAAAAGGUUUCUCAAGUGCUUGCCGCCUUGCAAGCCGGUUCCCGUGGUACUCAAGCUUGUAUCAAUGCAGCAAGUACUGUCUCUGGAAUCAUUGGUGAUUUGGAUACAACAAUAAUGUUUGCUACUGCUGGAACUCUUCAUGCCGAAAACGAAAAUGAAACUUUCGCCGACCAUCGAGAAAACAUCCUGAAAACUGCCAGAGCUCUUGUUGAAGAUACCAAAACUUUGGUGGCUGGUGCUGCCUCAUCGCAAGAGCAAUUGGCUGUGGCUGCUCAGAACGCUGUUACAACCAUAGUGCAACUAGCAGAUGUUGUCAAGUAUGGAGCCGCAUCUCUGGGUUCCAACAAUCCAGAAGCACAGGUUAUGCUUAUCAAUGCUGUGAAAGAUGUAGCAUCCGCACUUGGAGAUCUGAUUCAAGCCACUAAAGCUGCAUCUGGAAAAUCAAUCAACGACCCUUCAAUGAAUCAUCUCAAGGACUCUGCAAAGGUGAUGGUGACUAAUAUCACAUCUCUACUGAAAACUGUAAAAGCUGUUGAAGAUGAACAUACAAGGGGCACGAGAGCUCUCGAAUCUACAAUAGAAGCAAUUGCCCAAGAAAUCCGGGCUCUUGGCUCAGUUGAAGCUACAAAGAAAAAGGCUACACCGGAAGAAUUGGUACGCUGUACGAAGCCAAUCACAGUGGCCACAGCCAAAGCAGUUGCAGCUGGCAAUAGCUGUAAACAGGAGGAUAUCAUUGUUGCUGCCAACAUGGGUCGCAAAGCAAUAUCGGACAUGUUGACAAUCUGCAAGGGUACAUCGAACACUGCCGAAACUAGCGAACUGAAGACUAGAGUCCUGCAAGCUGGACAGAAUGUUGCCUUGCAAUACAGAGAGCUGUUGCAGAGUGUACUCCAUAUUCUGAGCAGGCCUGGUACCACUGAAGCCAGACAAGGUCUUCCUCCGAUUUCAAUAAGGAUCGCGCAAUCGGUCACUGAAUUGGUUGCUGUCGCCGAGCUACUCAAAGGCACAGAUUGGGUGGAUCCUGAUGACCCUACAGUUGUUGCAGAAAAUGAGCUGCUUGGUGCAGCGGCAUCCAUCGAUGCGGCUGCUAAGAAACUAGCAAGCUUGCGACCGAGAAAAUUUGUCACUCAGGAAACUGAUGAGAGCUUGAAUUUUGACGAAAUGAUUUUGGAAGCUGCCAAGUCUAUAGCUGCUGCUACGUCUGCUCUAGUGAAAGCAGCUUCAGCUGCUCAGAGAGAACUCAUCGAUAAAGGAAAGGUGAAUAGAACACCAUUGACUAGCUCGGACGAUGGACAGUGGUCUGAAGGACUCAUAUCAGCGGCUAGAUUAGUAGCUGCUGCUACUCAUUCUUUAGUAGAAUCAGCCAAUUCUCUUGUCCAAGGUGUAAGUUCGGAAGAAAAACUGGUUUCUAGUGCCAAGCAAGUAGCAUCAUCAACAGCACAACUAUUGGUGGCCUGCAAAGUCAAAGCUGAUCCUGAUAGUGAUACCACCAAACGUCUACAGGCUGCUGGCAAUGCAGUGAAGCGAGCCACAGACAACUUGGUGCGAGCCGCUCAACAGGCCAUACAGCAAGAAGAAGAAAGAAGUCUUGUUCUUAACCGACGUAUGGUCGGCGGAAUAGCUCAAGAAAUAAACGCAAGGUCGGAAGUACUUCGCAUUGAGAGGGAAUUGGAAGAGGCAAGAAGUCGUCUCACAGCUAUCCGCCAGGCUAAAUACAAAAUGAAGGGUGGAGAUAGUCCCUCUGAUACAGAGGCCGAACUAUACGGCACAUCAACUUUCAACAGGUACGAUAGUUCAAGUGGCAGCCAGCAACAUUACUCAUCUCUCGUACGUCCGCAAAGCUCGUCGGAUUCACCAUAUGAAGCAUCCAAUGGAGUUACACCUGAAAGGAUGUACGUUAGCAGUGUGGAGAGCAGAACCAAAGUCUACAAUGUUCCAAAGCCAUUCGAAGGUAAAAUGUACGCUAGUUGCUCGCCACCACACCCUCCACCACCUCUCACGUCUUCCAUGAAACUGUACAACAGUGACUCUCAAAUCAUCAAUGGCAAUCAUCAAAGAUCUGAUUCUUCCCUCGAGCAGAGAAUGCUGAAGCAGACUGUCAGAUCAGUGAUGACUACAACUACGACGACAAAUUCAUACAACAUAGAUCAAAGUUAAUGCACCAACUUCACAAUUAAAUUAAUUUCAAAAUCAUCUCAUGAACCAAUAACGGUGCCUUCAUUGAAACAAAAUUUACGGAAAAGAUAGAUAAUUAUGUUAUUUAUAUAGUAUUUAUAAAUAUAUUUAUUGUUUAUAUGAAUUAAUAUAGUUAACUCUUCUAAUGUUGUCGAUUCAUUAUAUUUAGUUCGGUUUUUCUUCAAUUUACUAAUUACUGCCUAUAUCAAUAAACUCUGUCUUGUACAAGUUAUAUUACCACAUUUUUUAAUGAAAAAUUGAAACACAUUUCCGUAACAUUCUUCAAGUAGGUAUUUCGCAUGUUUACCUACAGUUUUAGUGGAUGCGACUUUUCACUUUCAAAAAAUACAACCAGCUUCAUGAGGCUUGAUAAAUUUUAUCAAGAGAGUAGUUUUGUAUUUAUUCAGGAAAAUUAUUCUUUUGAUUAUUAUAUUGAUGAUGUUUCAAAAACAUGACAAAUUGCUGUAAAUAUUGUCUCUACUACAGUAUAUUAAUGAUUUGCUUUUUAAUUCUGACACUAUCUGAGUAGUUGUGAAGGUGAUAUUGUGGUAGUACUGAAUAAAAAUACUACAUGUUGCCCAACCACAGAUUUAUUUAAAAAAGGUGGUGCCGGUUUCGGUUGUUUCACCAAUAUCAAUCUCUGGUAAACUAAAAUUACUGUAUUUUCUUAUUUCUUUAGUUUUCCAUGUUUUAAUAACAUUUUAAUUUUUGUUUUGUAUAAUUAUUUCGUAACAUGUAACUAUUAUCACAGAGAAACUAUAGCGUAAGAGAAACUAUAACUUAAGCUAUUAUUCCUCUAUGCAAUUAUGUUUCGUAACAUAAUCUUUUAUUGUUCUGUUUGUUCUUUGAAUCGCCAUUUUGUUUUGUCUGAACCAGCUAAUUGGGGAGGAGCUUGUCAAGACCAAUCGCAAGCGUUCAUCUUGAUAGAUCAAGGCUUUCACCAAUAGCAGUGAUCGAUUGUUAGUAUACUGCUGCUCGUUUUUAGUUUACCAGAGAUUGGUGUGAUAACCGAAACCGGUAUCUCGUUUUUUAAUAAAUCUGUGGUUGGACAACAUCCAGUCCUUUUAUUCAGUUUUAACUCUGACUUCGUUUCUAAAGCAAUAAAAGACUGUUCGCAUGACCAUUCAUCUAAUCAAUUCCUUGGUGAUGAUUUUUUAUUUAACAGUUGGGAUUCAUAUACUUCAAGUGCCGUUUGCACAGUAGCAGUUUAAGCGGAAUCUCAGUUUAAACGGGAUCAAAUCCAGAUUAAGUAUUGUCUGUCAUAAUGUUGUUUAUUUUGAGAUUAAACCACAGUUGAAUCUUUCUUGUGCAAAAUACGAUUUAAUUUUAUAGCAUUUCAAAAAAUAUUGUAUUUUUUAACAAGAUGGCCAUUAUGUGAUUAUUAUUAUAAUGUAAAUCAAUUCGCACGAUUUUUUCAGUUGUAAAAUUCUAGAAAUGUCUACUGCGUAAUCUCAACUUGCAGAGGUUAGGUUGAACCUAAGUAUUGAAAGUCAUCUGCCAUGUAGGUCUUAUUUUUAAUUAAGAAUAGUAAUGUUAACACUUCUAAUAUUCCCUAAUUCAUAUCAUAUAGUUCAUUCAAUACAUCAUCCUGAAAUAAUGGCAAUGGCUUGGCUACUGAUAUGUAUUUUAAAUUUUAGUUGGUGGUUAUUUGAAUUGAAUCAUGAAUAGUUUUUGAAACAAUAUGCUUUCAGGUUAUAUUAGUGGGAUAAGCAACAUGAGCUGCAAAUAAUAUAUUAUCUAUCUUCACAAUAAAUUACUGUAAUGAUUUAACUAAUUAAACAAUAUUAAGAUUCGAAUAUUAUUUAAGAUACUGAAAAUUAUAUUAUCCAGAAGAAAAUUGUUCAUGAUUUUGAUAGAUUUUUAUUGUAUUGAUUUAUAAAUACUUAACAUUCUAAUCAAAUUGAUUGUUACCAAUCUAGAAACUAAUAAAACUAUCAUCUUGUUCUUUCA